AGGCGGAAAAUGGCAGUUACGAUGAGCGGUUGCGGAACGACGCAGCGGCAGUCAUCAUUCAUCACUUCAGUUCAAGGUCGGGAUGAGAAAACAGGUGACGCGUGGGUCACGUGCCUGUGUUUACGCAGAAAACAGAAAGUCGGUCACGCGUGCUGAUUGUCCCCAACGGUCGGGCUGGGUGGGCGUAGCGGCACGUCGGAAGGCGGGAAGUCGGACGCCCGAGUGCACGCGCACGCGAUUAGCUUUUGUUUCCGUUAACGUGACGUGCGCGGAGCCGAUUACAGGCAGUGUAAUAAAAAAACAUGGCUACGGACCUGACAUUCGGCUCGGUACCCGCUUAUUACAGAGAAAUUUUUGACAUGUGCGCCGGCCGUUCCAGUGUUGUCAGCAAGGAAAGUUUCACCAAAGUGCUUGUCAAAUCUGGACUCCCCGCUCAGACGCUCAGCACGGUAUGGGACCUGGUGGACGCCAAGCAGGGGUCCCUGUCGCGCGGCUGCCUGUACAAGGCGCUCGCGCUGGUGGCGUGGGCCCAGCAGGGCAAGCAGCCGACGGCCAAACUGCUGGAGAACUUCUCGGGUGCAGCGCUGCCGUGCCCGGAGCUCGGGGACCUGUCGGACCUGGCCCCGCCGGACGGGGACCCCGCGCACCUGGGGCUGCGCUACUCGGACAUCUGCCAGGCGGACUGCAUCGAGCUGGACCUGGUCCCCGAGAAGAAGGGCCUGUUCCUCAAGCACGUCGAGUACCAAGUCUGCAGCAAGAGGUUCAAGUGCGAGGUGCGACGGAGGUACAACGACUUUGUGGCUCUGCAUGAGCUGCUGUUGGGUAGAUUUCCGUACAGGCUCAUCCCAAAGUUGCCUCCAAAACGUAUGGUCGGGAUGACGUCGCACUUCAUCGAGGAGCGCCGCAAGUCGCUGCGCCGGUGGCUGACCCUCGUGGCGCGCCACCCGCAGCUCAGCAGGGACCCCCUCCUCCAGUUCUUCUUCACCUACAACGGGCCCGACCUGCAGCACAAGAUCCGCGAGGUGUUCCGCCGGGUGCCCGACGAGUUCACCACCUCGGAGCUGGCGGCCAGGGCCAAGGAGCUGGUGCCUGGAGACACACACAUGGAGUUUGCUAACAGUCGUGAUCAAAUCAGGAUUAUACUGAAUGGUGUUUCACGACUCAAACAGAUAGCGGAUGUCCUUGCCCAACGUUCACACGGGUAUGCUGCAGAUAUGGCAGAGUUGGGAUCGCAGUUGGCAUCCCUGGCCACAGAACCACACGUGUCAUCCCUCUGGGCCACGGGAGGUAAUCACGUGUGGACGGAUAUGAAGAGAGGCUUCCAUAUCAUCUCCAAGGAGUUCGGCCUGCUGUCGAGCCGGGCCGGCCAGCAGGCGCGGCGGGAGGAGGAUGAGGUGUGCGAGAAGCUGAACCUGCUGCUGGACGUGCUGGUGGCGCACCGAGAGCUGUGCGAGCGGCACGAGAAGGGCGUGGCCCAGGACCACGCCCGGGCGCUGUCCAAGAUGCUCGCGCUCAAGAAGAGGCAGAUGCAGGGCGUCAUCCAGGGCACCGACGCGGAGAGCGUGGACCAGUUGGAGUCGAAGAUGAUGGAGCAGGAGAACGUGAUAGCCAACGUGGAGCUGCGGAACGCCUUCUCCCUGCACUGCCUGCACGUGGAGACCCAGCUGGUGCACGCCCACCUCGAGAUCCUGGCCACCGUGCUCUGCACGCUUGUCUCCGUGCAGAAGAGGGGGCACUCCGAGUUGGCAGCAGUGUGGGAGCAAAUCCAGCCGACGGUGGAGAACUGCCUGCCGGAGAACAGCAUGAAGCUCAACGGCAGCAUGAACUGAGCCAGUGCCCCAGCGCGGCGUCACGCGCGAAGGCCCCCCCUCGCAUCUCCUUCCGGAGGCUGAGCCGGCCGUCGCAAAAGCAGUCAACACAUUGGUAGAAUGUUGCAAGGUUCCUGCCUGCAGUCUGCUCUUCGUAUUUGCUCACAUAAUUGUUAUGAUUUGCAUCCUAAUAUUUAAGGCCUGGCUCCCCACCAUGUUAGAAUUUUAGUUUUCUUCUUUUCCUUUCCAUUUUUUUACUGAUUCCGGAACUCAGAAGCGACGCGCACUUUCCGGUUGUGGAAACGAAUUUUGGCUAAUGACCUCGAUGCAACUAGUCAGGCAAAAAUUUUAAUUAUGAAUUUUUACCUUGCUUUUUACAGACAGUAAAUAACAUGCAGUAUGUAUUCCCGGUGUAAACAUUAACAGUAAAGAGUAAUAUGUGUGACGUGACCGGGGAGUGGCUCUUAGGGCACUCACGGAACGUGUGCUCAACUCACACGGGUAACGCUGUCGCCAGUCAGUCGGCUUAUGAGGGGACAGACACCCUAAAGGCACUCACUGUUGGUGGCUGUGUGUGAGGCAUCCUGUGAUGUUGACAGGCUUCUUUUUUCCACACGUAGCCCCGGCUGUAAAAUAUGAUGGUCCUAAAUGAAGUAAUUAUGUAGUUCAUCCCUAAGUCAGUGUAGCACCUGGAAGCUAUGGGAAAGCUAGCUUGAUGGCCCUGGAACAACUACACCACGGGAGAGGCUUUCAUGUGAUUUACAUACUGAUACUAUACACAAAAAAAUCUUUCUUGAAAAUUUUAGCUUCAUGAACAGAACAUCUCUGACACCAGCAUCCCUUUCAAUAAUGGAUGAAUCCUCGAUCAUCCAUUCAGAGAAUAAACUCGUUUUUGUGCUGCAAUUACAGUAGAUCCUAUUAACUUGCUAUAGUGGAUUAAUAUCCUUUCAGUGUAUUAAAUAAGAUUUCGUUGUCAUAAAAGUUUUUUCUGGUGUGAUUUUAAUAAUUUUACAGCAAAAAUCUUCUCAUAUUUGUUUUGGUUUCAAGUACUUAUUUAAUGAUAAACCAUUUGCAAUUUUUUUUAAAAAUUUUAUACUGUAUUGAUUAUCUAUUUCUGUACAUUCCGAUCUCCGUGAUAAAAAUAUCUAGCUGACAUAUGAAAUCCCAUCUAAUUCUGUCAAGUAGUUGGAUUCUAUUAUUGUUUUUAUUUUCUCGUCAUUCUUGUAUGAUGCAAUCUUUCCAAUCCUCUUAAACACAGUAUUCCAACAUGGCGGGUGAAGGUCGCCUUAAGGAUGGGCAGUCACUUUUGAAGCACAGGGUAUUGAAAUCUAUGCAGAGUGAACAGUUUAGUUUUAUAUAAAUUUUUAAUGUUGUGUACUAAACUUAAAUGUAAAUGAUAGACUUAAAGUGAUAGAUCAUUGUAGUAUGCUUGCUGACAUGUUUCACUUAUGUUUUACUUUGACAGUGUGUACAAUUUGAUUCAUUUUAGCAGCAGUUAAGGUACUUCUUUAGAAAGGAAAAAAUUUAACAUAAUUACAUACAUCUCAGAUGCAGUACGUAUCCAGCUAGAUACGUACUUCCACAUUUUCUUGUACACCCAAUUUGUUCCUACCAUUCUACUGUUUUUUUAUUACUCUGUUGUGGGACAGUCAAUGCUGCCCACUCAUGCCAACGUAAUUUUGUAUGUAUGAUAGCAGUAGUACAAUCUCUAAAAUAGAUAGGACACUGGGGAAAAAAAAAAGACCAAAAAACCAACAGUAAACACUUAAAUUUUCAACGACAUGGAGACCUUGAUCAGGAGUAGAGAAAGAACACAAAGAAAAACAGACACACACAUACACACAGACGGACACACACAGACACAGAAAAAGACACGGGGACACACAUAAAGAGACAUACAUACAGCCAACACAGGGUCACACAGUCACGGGUGCACAGAGCUCAGACUUAGAGACAGUAACAGACAUAAUCCUUGUGGUAUAAUGGCAGCCUAAAGAAGGCUAUCAUGUGGUUGGAAAUCUAGGUGUUUUUUGUUCUUUUGCCUGGUAUUUUCUGUGUCUCCUGUCUACUAAUGUCGUCAUACGUUACCUCAUUUGAAUUUCUCUUUCUGAAACAAUAACUUCAUUUCUUUUUUCAGUAACUUUGCAUCAACAAAAGAUAUAUGCUGUAGAAUUGGCAUUUAAACAUCUAUCUUAAUACUUAGUAGUUGCCUGAGUUUUGCCUACGGGCGGUUCUGAUAGUGCUUGUGCAUUUCUUACACCACAAGCUGAACUACUUAGCAGGAAUGUGCCUGAUGCAUAAUGAGCAGUACUGGCCAAUAUUUUAAUGAACUGGGAACAUUCAUUUAUAAAUUCUGAAGUUUUUUGUCCGUUAACAUUGCUGUUCUACUGAAGCCCCUUGUUACCUCAAGAUUACUCUGCAAUAAAUCAUAAUUUGUAAAAUGUACUGUUGAGCUGUGAUACAAUAUGACUCGUGGGACCAUACUUGAAACUAAAGUAAUUUUUAACACUUACAUAUACCUGUGUUGUGCAUGAAUUAUGUUGAAUGUAUAAUUAGGCCAGUAUGUCCUUUGUAUCAACUUUCCUUUGUAUUUGUGUUAGCUGUAUAUUUUAUGAACUAUCUUUAACAAUCGUCUAGGUUUUACUUAAGUUUUUUUUUUUUCCCUUAAAAAUGUGUACAAUUUUAUGCUUCCAUUAGGCAAAGUAGAAAGAAUGUUACUAUAACUUAAUUGGAAUUUACAACAAUUUUUAGAUUAGUGUACAAUAAGGUUGAAUGUGAUUGAUAAUAUAUGUACAUUAUAAACUGAAUUAAUUAUUAAUGAUUAUCAUAUAGAACCUUUUUUAAGUGACAAGUGGGAAGCCUUCUUCGUAACUGCAAGAUGGACAUGUUGAAUGGAUCCUAAUUUAUUACGAACACCUUUAUACUGUAGACUAUAUGUCAUAUAUACAUACGUAUUUGCAUUCCUGUGUAUGUGUGUGUUUGUACAUAUUAAAUAGUCAAUGGGUAAUCUCAGGUUUUCUGAUCCCAGGCAGAAAACUGUGUUUUAAGGGGGGAGUGGGGGGAGGUAGGAACCAAGUGAUGCUAUCUUGGUUUGUAUUGUUUAAUUUGCAAAAAUUGACUUCGUUAAAGUAUAGUAUAUAAUUUAGUGUGAUGUCUGAAAUCAAUAGUUACUGGCUGCUACAAAUAGUUUACUUUAUGUAGUCAUUGGUAUUUAGUACUGAAUUAUUUUUUGGGAAUGACUACAACUAUAAUAAUUCUUUCAAUAGCCACAAUUAUGUGGUCUUCGUAAAUCCAUUGAUAUGUGAUGUCUGCCGUAUCAAAGGCGAAUUUUCUAUAUUAAACAAUAAAAAAUUUUUACAGCUUAUAAACUCGUGAAACCAAUAUCACAUCUUUUGGUUUCUAUUUUUCCCUUAACACUGUUAAAUAAAAACUUUUGAAUUAGUAGGUACCUAUUUUGUGUUGUCUCUUUUUUCCCUUCUUUUUUUUCUUAUUUCUUUUCUGAACCUGUUUUUAUGUGCAAUUAGAUUGUAGUCACAUUUUGUUUUUAUUUACGUGUUGUGCGUACCAGUAGCGGAUCCAGAGGGGGGCUAAGGGGCUCAAGCCCCCUCCAAAAGCAUCUGGGUCCACUAUUGUUUUAGUGUUUGCCUUGAUAAAGCCUAGCCUCAGCUGGGUCAAGCCCCUCCCAAACCAAAAUCCUGGAUCCGCCACUGGUGCGUACUGUAUCAUUAUAGAGUAGUGUUCAAGGUUACUUGUCAAUUCUGGGAAGAUCUACUUCUUUAUGUUAAGUACAUCAUUACAUGAACUAUCACCUACCCUUUUUUGUGCCCAGUUGUACAAUGUAGUACAUACAUGCUCUUCCAUAAGUGUCCCUGCUGUAUUGUAUACGAUUUAGAAUGUAUCACACCUUUUCUGGAUUUUUUUUGUACUUAAGCAUGCACACAAUUUAGAUACAGUACAGUUAAGUUUAUCAAUAACAGUGAAUUGUGAUUCAUCAAUCACAUAGUUAGCUUCUAAGUCUUUCCCAUACUUCCUCUUGGAUCUAAUAUAACAUUUUUAUAAUAUUUUAGUUGUAAUUUUAUUUAUUUAUUACCUAAAUAAUGUAAUAAAAAAUCUACUUUACAAUUUUUAUUUUGUUGAAACAUUACAAAAAUGUGAGCAUUGGAUGUACAGGAAUUAUCUUAAGUAAUAUAUAUGUUACUAAAAAUAUUAUGUUUUUCUUAUUAUUAGUUUAAAUUAUGGAAAUGUUAAUUGGAAUGUAAAAAUUUAAUAAGUGGCAUUUAAUAUUGUUAACAUUAAGGCUGAUGAUAUUCUAAUACUCUUUGUAACAAAUUUUUUUGUUUUUAUUUUUUUGUUAAGUACCUAAUAUAUGUCUCAUUUUCAAUAUAAUGAUUUUAUAAAUUUGUGACUGUUGAUAUUCUAGCAAUAUUUGCAAAGUAUUAUGGUAUGUUACUAGGCUGUUAAGUUAGUUUUGAGAUGGUUUAUCUUAUGUUGAAUUAUUGCAUAUUUAUUUUUAGUUAGCAUUUAUAAAAUGCUGUUAGUUUUGGGAGUGAUGUGUUUAUGUACUCGAUUUUAUUUUGUUUGUUUCAAUAAAUACUCAUUCUUAAA